AUGUCAAAAGUUAAGAAGAUAGUUGAGGAAGUGCGAGAUUCAAAUUCAACGGAAAUCGAUCUUGUCGAUCGUGGAAUCAUUAAUUUCGCUGAUGUUCCGGGUUUAUUUCAGUUAAGGAAUUUGACAAAAAUAUCAAUCAGCCAUAACAAAAUAGUUGAAGUACCGCCUGCUAUUGCAGAGUUCAUCAACUUAGAAGUGUUGAAUCUCUUCAACAAUUACAUUGAGAUCUUACCCACGUCAAUAAGCACUUUGCAGAAAUUAAAAAUACUGAAUUUAGGGAUGAAUCGUCUUAAUGAGCUUCCUCGUGGUUUUGGUGCAUUUCCAAGUCUGGAAGUUCUUGAUCUGACUUACAACAACCUGUCAGAGAAUAAACUGCCUGGAAAUUUCUUUUGCUUAAAUACUUUGAGAGCCCUGUACCUAGGUGAUAAUGAUUUUGAGACACUCCCAAAUCAAAUCAACAAACUUGUUAAUCUACAAAUUUUGGUCCUGAGAGAGAAUGACUUGAUAUCCAUCCCAAAAGAGAUUGGAGAGUUGAGCCGUUUGAAAGAACUCCACAUACAAGGGAAUCGACUUACCGUUCUUCCACCAGAAUUAGGAGAUCUCGAUUUGGUAGGUCAAAAGCAAGUUUUCAAAGCAGAGAACAAUCCUUGGGUUCAUCCAAUUCAGGAGCAACUCCUGCUGGGCGUCUCUCAUUUGUUUGAGUACUUGCGGACUGAUACUUAUAAAUAUUUGUACGGUCGACACAUGAAUGCCGACGCCCCACCGCCACCAAAGACAAAUGACAAGUCGAAGAAAAUCAGCAGAAAGCAUUGA